UUGGGUCAGUGGUUUGUUUACGAAGGCCAGGUACCUUUGAGUUUGAGCUACGUGUCACCACCAGCGUUUCUACAUUCGGCUGCCUUGUUCCAGAAGGAACAGCAUGGCUAGUUGGACUGUAUGGCUGAUGACCGCAUUGGUUGGCUUGACCACCCUGGUACUGGUCAGCUGGGUACUGGACAUCAUCAAGCGCUGGCGGAUGCCACCUGGACCCUUCUUCUGGCCAAUCAUUGGCAACCUCUUAAUGUUUGGCGGGCAGUUCUACCUGACGUUUAUUGAGUUGGGUAAGAAGUACGGCGAUGUGUUCAGUCUGAAGCUGGGCAUGAGAGACGUGGUGGUACUGAACAGUCUGGACGUCAUCAGGGAGGCCUUCGUGAAGAAAGGGGCAGACUUCGCAGGCAGGACACAUACUAUGACAGGAGACCUGGUAUCAGAAGGCAGGAAGGACAUUGUGAUGGGAGACUUCACAGCUACGUGGAAACUGCAGAGGAAACUUUUCCAUGGUGCAGUCAGAGCGUAUGCCACAGGGCACACCUUAGAGGAAAAGGUACAGGGAGCCCUGAAUGAGGUCAUCGCAGAGUUCUCCAGUAUGGUGGGGAGACCUGUGGAUGUGGAGGAUCACAUUUUCAAACUUGUUCUCAAUGUGGUCUGCUCUGCCAGCUUUGGUCACAGGUACAAGAUGGAAGACAAGGAUUUCCAGUUCCUGUUGAAUCUCAGCAAAGAGUUCUUCGAGAUCGGAGCACAGGGGAUGCUGGCUGAUAUCUAUCCUUCCCUCGGCUUCCUACCAACUCCUACCAAGACUGCCAUGGCAAAAGGUAUGGGUGAGUUCUUCGAGUACUUCAAGCGAGAACUGGACCGACAUGUUCAGACAUUUGACCCAGAUCACCUUCGUGACAUCACGGAUCACUUCAUUCAGCUCCAGCGGGAGGCGGAGGAUGAGGGAGAUGAGGACAUCAGGUCUCUCACGGACGUUCACUUCAGACAGACCGUCAUCGACAUCUUUGGUGCUGCCUUGGACACGACUGUCCAGACCAUGCGUUGGUCUGUGCUGCUCCUAGCUGCCCAUCCGGAGGUACAGCAGAAGCUGUCCGCCGAGCUGGACAGCGUGGUGGAGCAGGACAGACAGCCCAUGCUGUCAGACCGGACAGCACUGCCAUACAUGGAUGCCACCAUUAACGAGGUUCUGAGGUUUGGGAUUGUGGUGCCGAUAGCGAUCCCUCACGCUACGACUGUGGACACUACACUGAGAGGUUAUGAGAUCCCUGAAGGCACUUGGAUCAUGCCCAACCUGUGGAACGUCGUGCGGGAUCCUGAGAUCUGGGGAGAUCCCGACUCCUUCCGACCAGAACGCUUUCUGGACGACGACGGGAAAGUCUUACCCAAACCGUCUGCACUCCUGCCAUUCAGUGCUGGUCGGAGAGCUUGUCCAGGUGAACCGAUGGCCAGAGCUGACAUCUUCCUCCUGCUGGGGGGCCUGGUGCAGAAGUUCAAGUUCAGCCUGCCUGAGGGGGAGGUUCCACCCGACCUUACACCUGACCCCAAGGGCGCCGGCCUCUUCAGUAUUCCCCGUCCUUAUAAGGUGAUGAUGACCCACAGGAAGUGAAAGCGGUGACCCAGGAAGUGAAUGGCUGUAACCUGGUGAAGUUCUAGAUAUUGUAUAUUCAUUUAAUUUUCCUGUGGCUUUAUUUUGUGGUCACGGUUGAAAGAAUUCUGUAGUACAGUAACCAUGCAUUAAAAAUAUAUAUUUGUAGUGUCAUGAAUUUGCGGUGGCACUUUUGAAACUGCAGAAAUAAGGCCACAGCAAAAGUUGAAAGAUUUUCAUUAUUUUACCCUAAAAA